CAGAAGCUCCUUUGGAGUCUGAUUGUAAGAUGCUGUAUAAAAUAAAAUUUAACAAUCCUGAAUCUCAUUGUUUCAUUUGUUAAUGCUACUCAUAGUGAACUAUCAAACAUGACUUUCUCUUUUUAAACCCGUGCUUGUUAAUGUUUCCUGUACAGUAGACCCCCAGUUAUGAAAAUAAGUCUAAAAUGAAAAAAAUUUUCUCAUAAAAUGAUGAAACUCUGAAUUGAUGAACUUGAAAUUGGUGAAAAAUUGUUAUUUGGUAAGCUAAGCUGAACUUCAAUGAUUUAAAGUACAUGAGAAACCAGGUGGAGGAAAAGAAGGAUCUAGAUUUGCAUAAAGAAAGGAUCAGCCUUGUUAGGAAAGGCAAGUAGUUGGGACUCAGAAUAACUGAAUAGGCUUAAUAAAAGCUACUUUAAUUGAUGGAAUAAAUAUAUAUUAGUGUGUGCUGAAGUCUACAAGGAAAAAUCUGUUAAGGAGGAUAUGUAGAAUGAUCUGUAUUCAUCAUAAUUGUAUGUCAUGGAAGUUUUAAAAAAACUAGCUAAAGUGCCAAAAUGAUCUAAAGCUCUCAUACGAGGCAAUAAUAUGUUAUCGACUUUCUUGGAGACCAGUUCAGAGGUAAGCUGGAUACAAUGACUUUUGAAUAUUUUCAUCGCUAAUCCUGAUAUGCCACCUGAUACUACCUUUCUGCUACUAUCUGUAUCAUUUAUGGAAGAUUUACUACCCGUAUUUACAGUGCUAAAAGACUCCUGGCCAGUUUUUUCAAAAGCCGUAUGAAAACUGCAUUAUGUGGAACAGUUAAACUGUAGUAGCUUUUUGAAAGUCAUGAAUAUUUUACUUAUCAGGAAAUAUCUACAGAUUAACAAAAUGUUAUUCAUUUGUCCACGCACAACCUUGCAUAAGUAUUUCUGCUUUUUUUUUUCCUUCCAGGGCAUAAUAUAGAACUAUGAUAGCAACUGGAGGAGUCAUAACAGGACUGGCUGCCUUAAAAAGGCAAGACUCUGCCAGAUCUCAGCAACAUGUAAAUCUUGCCACGUCACCAGCUCCUGAGGAGAAGAAACCGGUUAGACGCCGGCCAAGAGCAGAUGUAGUUAUUGUCAGAGGCAAAAUCCGACUUUAUUCCCCAUCAGGGUUCUUCCUUGUUUUGGGAGUGCUUAUUGCCUUCUUGGGAAUUGCAAUGGCCAUUCUUGGAUACUGGCCCCAAAAGGAACAACUUUUAGGAUCUGAAGAUAAUCUAUCAAUAAAUGAAACCCAGGUCCUAAGAAGCCAAGGAAGUAUUUUACUUCGUUUCUUUGAACAGCAUGUGCACUCAGAUAAGAUGAAAAUGUUGGGUCCUUUUACUAUGGGAAUUGGAAUCUUCAUUUUUAUUUGCGCGAAUGCCAUUCUACAUGAAAACCGUGACAAGGAAACAAAAAUCAUACACAUGAGAGACAUAUACUCCACUGUAAUAGACAUCCACACCCUGAGAAUCAAGGAACAGAAGCAGCUGAGUGGUGACUUCACUGGCUUGUUGGGGGAAGGAGAACUCAGGCCCAGUGGGAGCUCAUGUGCGUCACGGCUGGCAGCAAACACAAUUGCACCUUUCUCGGGCUUCAGGCGUAAUUUUAGAAUGAAUAGUUCUGCCGAAGAAAAUGAGAUUACCCUAAAUGAAGACAGGACCACCGCGAGCCUUCUACCACCUUUGCUGACUGAGCGGUCUGGUUCCGUCUUUGGACUUUACCCUCACUCCAGCAAGGCUUCAGAUGACAAAAACACUAGCUCUAUAAAGUGUGAAACAAAAUCCAUUGUAUCAUCUUCCAUUAGCGCUUUCACAUUGCCAGUAAUUAAACUGAAUAACUGUGUUAUUGAUGAACCCGGUAUAGAUAACAUAACUGAGGACUCAGAGAUCACUAGAAGUCGAUCUAGAAAUCUGUCAAUGGAUUCUCUAGCCAUUCCAUUGUCUGAUACCAACGAAUCCUACAAACCACUCACCACCAUGCUACCACGACACAAUUCAUUUGUGGACGCUCCGUCUGAUCAGUUCAAAUCUUCUAUGACUCUUGGACCAAGCACAGGAAAGCUUUUAUCACCCGGUGCUGCCAGAAAACAGUUUGGGUCCAAUACAUCUUUACAUCUUCUGUCUUCGCAUUCGAAGUCACUGGACCUGGACAGGGGUCCAUCCACACUCACUGUCCAAGCUGAACAAAGGAAACAUCCCAGCUGGCCCAGACUGGAUCGAAGUAACAGUAAAGGAUACAUGAAACUAGAAAACAAAGAGGACCCAAUGGAUAGGUUACUUGUGCCACAAGCAGCGGUCAAAAAAGACUUUACUAAUAAGGAAAAGCUUCUUAUGAUAUCAAGAUCUCAUAAUAAUUUGAGUUUUGAACAUGAUGAGUUUUUGAGUAACAACCUAAAGCGGGGAACUUCUGAAACAAGGUUUUAAUAUUUAAAUUACAAUUUACAAGACAUCAUAGUGUAUUUUUAAAAAAAAAAACAUUUUGACAAGUGUUUCUUUUUCGGUGAAACUAGUACAAGCCUGAUUUUAACUAAAUGCUUAAUAGCCCAUUAAAAUUGGCUUGUGUGAACAGUGGUGAACAUUACCUUUGUAAUGCCGAGAGUCUUUUGUCUUAGUAACAUACAGCUACAAUACUGUACAUUAUCAUUGUUCAGAGAAUUUUGGUACCACUGAUUCCAUUUUUUUCCAAGUCAUUAUUCUUUCUGUUCUAUAUAAGCAUGUUACUUUUUCUCAUUUGGGUUCCAGAAGCCUGCAUUAGAAUACACGCUCUGUUUACCUGUAAGUUCUGUUUAUUCAAUGAUUGCAAGAUUCUGAAAACAGUGCUUGCAGUCUAGAACGGAAAGUGAGCAGGAGUACCUACUGGAAUUGUCAAAUUCUGGUCCAUCUCCUAGCUGUUAUCUUUUACCUAUGAUACAUCUUGCUAACUAACGGAUCUCAAACUUGCCAUUAUCAUUGUGAGAAACUUGUUUACAUGUUGGGGUGGGUGGAUAGAAAAGAGUGGGCAUAAUUAAAACCAUUUUUGUGAAUUCAUUGUAAUUGGUCAAGUUGAAUACCAGUGUUGUGAAUUAUUAAGUAUGCCUUGUGUGAUAAUCUUUCUACACCCAUUAUAAUUUAAUAUUGUAAUUCCAAGAAAUCAUAUAUAAAGUAAUCAUGGAUAAGAAAUCUGAAAGUUCUUCUGGGAUUAGUUAUCUAAAGCAUUUUGAUUGGCAGCAAUUUUAAAAUCAAAAUAUGCAGAUUCAAUUAAAAUCAUAGGCACAAGAUGAAUGUCAACAUGAUUUUAGAAACAUGAUGAAUAGUAAAAUGAUAUUAUGACAUGAAUCUGAAGAGAAUAAUGGGAAAUGAAUAUAUUGCCUCUUACUACAAUAGCCAGAAGUUAUAAAAUCAAAUCUCUAUGUUUGAAAUAAUGAAACAAAGCAUAUGAUUCAAUAUUUAUACUAACAUAGUAUGAAAGCCCCUUGCCUAAAUUUUGACUUAGAUAUUUCAUGUAAUUAUUAGCGUGAUGGCUUACUGGAAGCUUAGCUAUGGUAAUUUGCAUUACAAGACUUUGUAAAAUGAAGUGACAUUUAACACAGUGUUUUUCUCAGCGAAGCAAGCUUUGCAGUUGGCAGUGGCAGGGUAUUGCUGAAGAAAAUAAGAAUAUGAAUGCGGGUACCAAAAAGCUUUCCUGUAUUUCAUUAAGGCAUUUAGGCCGUGAUCCUGCCAUGACAGCCAGGCUGGAGAAUAUCACUUCUAGUUGCAUGGCUCACCUACCAGGAUAUUGGUCUUAAUUGGUCAUCUUUGAUGUUGUCACUUAACCUAAAUACUCAGGAAUUAUUUUAAUAGCUUUUCCCAAAAAGAAUCAAACAUGUUAGAAUGUUACUGUACUUCAGUUGAUCAUGAAAGAUCAAAGAUAAAAAUACCCUCUCUGUUUUUUUUUUAAAUAUUUUCAGCUCCACAUUUCAACUCCGUGAUGUUUGUGUGUCAGGAGCAUUACCUGCUCAGUGAAUUGAGACGUAGUGUUACUUGUUAGACCCUCAAGCCUAUAUAUUGUAACAGAGUUGGCUAAAUAUUUUGCUAUGAAGCUUUUAAUAACUUUUUGGUUUGUGUUCUUAAGACAUUUGCUAUUUUUUGAAAUAAAAACAAAGUAUAUCUA